UCACCGUUUCUUCGAUGUGUAUUUUGAUAAUCGAGCAAAUUGUAAACUCGCAUUCCUAUUGGAAAUGAUAUGGAUGUGUGGCGCGCGUAACGGAUGUCUUUCAUUACAUCCCUUCGCCAUAAAUGUAACAAAACGGUCGUUCCAUAAGUGAUGCUAUUGCAAAUAAGUGCCGGGUAACGUAGGAAGAUGCCUUUCAAGUUAAAAUUGAAGAAGACGCGACAGUACAACGUCGCGUCGAAGAGUUUGUUUGUGAUCAGUGUGGAGCUGCUAGAUGGUGGUGUAGCCGACUGCACGCUGUCUGUAGACAGUUCCGGGUUGGAAUGCCUCGACAACGUGUGCCAGCGGCAGUCCAUCCAGCAGCCGCAGUUCUUCGGCCUCCGGUAUCUGAAUAGAAACUGUCAACCCCGAUGGGUGCAGCUGGAGAGGCCCCUGAAGAGGCAGCUAGACAAAUACGCGUCCACACAUCAGCUCUACUUACGUGUGAUGUACUAUAUAAUAUCGGGUACAAGCUUAAUCAAUGAUGAAGUGACAAGAUAUCAUUAUUUCUUGCAACUGAAGAAUGAUUUGGUUGAGGGUCGGAUAUCCUGUGAUUGCCAGCAGGCAGUGGUUCUAGCUUCGUACAGCCGGCAAGCAGAGUAUGGUAAUCAUGACCGGGAGAGGCAUACGGUGGAGUAUUUGAAGAAUCUGUUGACAUUUCCAAAGCAAAUACAUGAUGGCAAUCAAAUUAUAGACCUGAGUAACCGUGCAGAGCCUGGAGUGCUGGAGAGACUGACCAGUGCUGUUAUACAACAUCAUAUGGCUUUGCAUAACAUGUCACAGGCACAAGCUGAAGAGGGCUUCAUCACCACCUGCCAGCAGCUCCCAGGUUAUGGCCAGGAGACAUUCAGUGCACGAGAUGAACGUAACCAGAAGGAGGUGUCGCUAGCCAUAUCAAUAACUGGCAUCAGGGUGAUCACAGACAGCAGUGACUCCACCAGAUAUUAUAGAUGGAUGGACAUAACGAACGUGAUCAACCACAAGCGCACGUUCAGCAUCGAGUGCCAGAAGGCGGAGUCCGCCUCCUUCACCCUGUGGAGCCCUGACGACGGCAAGUACAUAUGGCGGAUGUGCAUACAGCAGCACACCUUCUACAUGCAGCAUCAGAGCGCGCUCAACGAGCACCAGGUCACACACGAAGAGCACCGGCCUAAAUUCCAGCAAGAUCAUGGGCUGUCCGACAGCCGUGAGGAGCUGGACAUCCGCGAGGGUGGCAGCGUGUCCCGGCUGGAGCCGCUGACGUCGGCCCACCGCGCGCACUCUACCUCGUGCCUGGAGCUCGCAGACCAGCGGCCGCAGCUCGCGCCCAGGAACAGGGCUCUACUACCCUCAUAUCGACCAGCGCCUGACUACGAAACUGCUAUCCAGCAAAAGUAUCAACAGCAAAGAGCUGACGCUCAGCUGAGGUACCAGAACCACCCUCACUCACAAGUCAACAUAAACGCCAAACCUCUAGUGUAUGGUUCCCAUCCUGACAUACAUCGAAUUCACUACCCUGAUGUCACCAGGCACACGGUCUCAGUCAACCAGGGAGUUUCUCCCACCGACGACUACCCUUACGGGAUCAAAUUGAUGGGCAACUACCCCUUCGCCAUCAACCCCAAUGUCCAAAGCGAGAGGAACCCGCAACUCCACUACAUCAACGUCUACAAACCACCCCCACCGUACCCCUCAAACGGUCUCGCAUCGAACUCCACACCCGAUCUAGCGGUUGCGAGCCAAGCGCUCAACUAUCACAGAGGGUACAUAAACUCCCACGUGUCAGGAUCUAGUCCCGAUCUGGUUUCCACCAGAACAGCUUUAAACCGCCAUUUAGGAUACCUGAACCCUGGCCACAACGUGGUCUAUGGAAGACCUAACAUAAUUCCACCUACCCACGGCACGUAUAACAAUCUCGCGUCAGUUCUAGAACCCAAUCCUCACAUAAUCCUCGAUCCCCACCACAUAUCUGAUAACAUCCAGAAGGUGUACGAUGAGAGAGGGAAUAUUAUGUACUCCAUGCCAUUACAUAGACUACCCUACCAGAGGCAUUUAGUGAUGCCACAACAAGUCGGCAAAGUGACUGAUACUCAAGAACCGAUAUACGAGAACGUGCCGUUAUCCUGGAGGAACGAACACGGGAAAAUCACUUUCCGAGAUCGGGCCCAAAGUCUAACUACGACAGAUGAAAUCGCACGCCUAAACGAGAGGAACAGCAGUCACCCCACCAUCAACAAUUACGGUAUCCCAAAACCGAACCUGACCGUGCCAAAUUAUUUGCCAAUCAAAAUCCCAAACCCCGACAACCACUACGUGAACGCGCAAAUCAUAAAAGGAGUCCGCGAAUCGAGCGUGCCAAAAGAUUUGAACGUGUCAAAUCGAUCGAUUAACAAAUCCGACUUCGAGGAUAUCGCGCUCUCAGUCGAUCGACUCUCGUUGAAACACGACGAGACGCCGUACACCAGUCUGUCUACCCACAAAGUGUCCAAUAACAAUAUGAUAAGCAGAACCGCUGAUAACGUGACCUCAGUGAGCGUGGGCGACGUACGGGCACAGUUGACUGCGGAUCACAACGCGAACAUGUCGCACACGAGCGGGACAGACAGUGCUCUAUCGAAUUCUAUAAUGAAUUCGACUUACAGCACGACGGUCGAUUUGGACAGUAGUAAUACGACGAAGAACAGCAGCGUGAGCAGUAAGGAGAAGAAACGACGACGUUGGGGCGUGUUUAUGGGUAGGGCUGCGAAGACGGAAGUCAAAAGUGCUACGUUGGGAAGAGAUCGCGCGAAGCCCAGCACUGGACAGCAGCAGAACAAGCACCGCUGGUCUACAGGACUGCCGAAGUUCCAGCCGCUACCUCCUAGUAUUACCAAAGAAACUCUGUGCCAAUUAUUAGAACGCAAAAUGUCCGACGAGCAGCUGUCGUUCGCGUUCGAACAGAUCCCCAAGGGGAGGGAGAGCGGAGGCGAGUUCUGGACAGCUCUGCUGCCGCAGCACGCCGCCCUCAACGGCUUCAGCGGAGACCACCUGCCGUAUGAAGACAACCGAGUGAGGCUUCACCCCACGGCAACCAACCCUCAUGGGUACAUCAACGCGUCACACAUCACGAUGACGGUCGGCAGCACGCAGCAGUUCUACGUGGUGGCGAAAGUGGGCGCGGACGGCAGUGCGCUGGUGUGGGAGUGCGCGUGGCAGGUGGGCGCGCGGCUGCUGGCGCUGGUGGGACCUGGAGUUCCCCACUACCUGCCCACCACCUCCACGCCGCAGCACUACGGACAGUUCCAGGUGAGCGCGGGGCGGGAGUCGGUAGCGCCGUGGGGCAGCUCCGUGCGCGUGCGCGUGAGGAGGGCGGCGGGGGGCGCGGGGGCGGCGGCGGGGGGCGUGGGGGGCGCGGGGGGCGAGGGGGCGGCCCGCACGCGACACCUGUGGCACGUACACUUCCGCGCCUGGCACUCGCCGCAACACCCGCCCGACGUCGACCACUUCCUCGAGUUCAUAUCGGAGCUGAACAGCCUGCGGCUGGCGAGCGAGGAAGAAGCGAAAGCGGAGCGUAGUCCGCUGGAGAGUCGGAAUGCACCGCUGGCGUUCAUAUGCGGGCGCGGUGCGGGCCGCAGCGGAGCCGCCCUGGCCGCACACCUGCUGCUGCACGUGCUGGACCACAACCAGGAGCUGGACAUCCCGCGAACGAUCGGUCUUCUCCACCAGCAGCGAGCGAACCUCAUAGAGAACGUCCAACAAUACAAGUUUAUCCACCAGGUGUUGCUGCAGUAUUUGAAGCAAUCCAGACUCAUAUAACCGUAUUCAGUAUGUAUUAUUAUAGAUUAUAUUAAUAAAUUAAAAUCAGAAUUGAAAUGUAUGAAA